AUGUCGUACUUUAUCCCGCCCGUGAACUACGGUAUGGUCGAAGAGGACCUCUACCGCUCGGGACAGCCCAACGAGCUCAACUUUCCCUUCUUGGAGCGCUUGAAACUCCGCACGAUUAUUUAUUUGGCGCUCGAGGCGCCGAACCCGCAGUUCCAGAGCUUUGUGGAAGAGCAGGAGAUUCAGCUCGUGUUUCUAGGGGGCAACACGCGCAUGGAGAGCCGGCGCAAGUCGUGGGAGCCGCUGUCCGAGGAGACGGUGCUCGCAGCGCUCGAGCUCCUCCUCGACCGGUCCAACUACCCGCUCUACAUCACGUGCCACCUCGGUCGCGACCGCACAGGUGCCGUCGUCGGGUGUCUGCGCAAGAUCCAGGGCUGGCACCUGUCGUCCAUCUUUGAAGAGUACCGGCGGUUUGCAGGCAGCAAAGUGCGGCUGCAGAACGAGCAGUUUAUCGAGCUCUUUGACACGGACCUGGUGACGAUCCCGGCGAAUCCGCCGUCGUGGGUGCGGAACCCACUACACCAUCCGCUGUGA